AUGGAGGAGAAGAAGGCGAACUCGCUGAGCUGCCCAGUUUGUUCAGCAUUGCAUAUUCCACAGAAACAGAACUUGAAAAAUGGCAUUUUUAUGGGCACCUGUCAAUCCUGUGGACAUUUCUUCAAGUUCAGGUGUAGCAACAGUGUGGAGUCCAGCAUUACAAUUACUGUUAACGGAAAAUCUUACUCGGUUGGAAGUGAGUACUCUGGGUCCACAACAUUGAAUUCCUUCUUGAGAGAUUCCAGAAUUUCCACAGGAACCAAGUAUAUGUGCAAGGAAGGGGGGUGUGGGACAUGUCUCGUGCAAGCUAAAUUGUAUGAACCAAUAACGAUGGAAAAACAAUCCUACGCCGUGAAUUCAUGCCUGGUGCCGCUGUUCUCCUGUGACGGGUGGGAGGUGACCACUAUUGAGGGCGUGGAUUCCAUCAGUGUUCAGGCGGUCCCUAAACGCCUCGCCCAGUAUAAUGGCAGUCAGUGUGGCUUCUGUAGCCCCGGACAAGUCAUGAAUAUUCACGCACUUCUUGAUUACCACGGUGGAGCAGUCACAAAGCAGAUGGUUGAAGAUGCCUCAGAUUCUGUUAUAUGUCGAUGUACUGGUUUCAGGCCUAUUUUGGAUGCUAUGAAGUCAUUUGCAGAAGAUGUUCCUGAUAUAGAGGAUGUACACACAAAACGCUGUGAUCGGACCGGUCAGACCUGCACAGGAAGUUGUCACAAACAGAGCUCACAGCUAGCCUUAAAAGAUGCCCAGUGGUUCAAGCCUUCCACUGUACCGGAUCUCAUCAAAAUGAUAAAGGACAACAAGGGCAGAAACUACAGGCUGGUAUUUGGAAACACAGGAUUUGGAGUGUACAAGGAAUUAGAUCCGAAGAAUUUUGACGUACUCAUUGACCUUCGAGGGGUGACUGAGUUGUAUGGAAUUGACUUUGAUCCUACUAUAGUUCUGGGCUCUGGCUUGUCCCUGAGUCAGCUGUAUGAUGUAUUGUAUCGAGGGUCAAAUGAACCACAGUUUGGAUAUUUCAAAGAGAUGUGUAAGAUUAUAUCAAAAGUGGCCACCUCAUCUGUUAGAAAUCUUGGAACUUGGGCAGGAAACUUGAUGUUGAAACACAAACAUCCAGAAUUUCAGUCAGAUAUAUACACCAUGCUGGAAGCUGUCAGAGCCCAGCUCAAUAUUGUUGUGAAUGGUGAAACAAGGGUGAUUCCAAUCUCUGAGUUCUUAAGUCAGGACAUGACAGACAGUGUUAUAGUGGCCAUGUUCCUGAAUUCAAUCCCUGACAGCCACCACAUAAGGGUUUAUAAAGUCAACAAACGCACACAGAGUGCCCAUUCUGAUGUCAAUGCUGGGAUGAACUUUGAUAUUGAUGUAACCCAGAAUUUCAGGGUUAAAAGUCAACCUACCAUUGUAUUUGGGGGGAUCAGCAAAAGCUUUGUACAUGCUACAAAGACUGAAGAAUAUCUGGUUGGAAAAGCACUUGGUGAUCAAAAUACACUUAUAGGAGCUUUGACGAUCUUGUCCCAGGAGUUGAUUCCAGACGACAGCGACCAAAACCUUACAUCAGCAGACUUCAGGAAAAGUGUGGCCAUGGGUCUGUUCUACAGAUUUGUGCUGGAUGUCCUUGGAAACAGUGUGGGCCCAGCAUUCACCAGUGGAUCCACUCCCCUGACUAGGCCCCUGUCGUCAGGGCGACAGACCUACGAUACCCAGCCCCUGGAAUGGCCUCUCACUCAACCAAUGACCAAAGUCGAGGCAGUCAAUCAGGCGUCUGGCCGAGCGGUGUACAUCAACGACAUAGCUGGACAGCCUGGGGAAUGCUACGCAGCCUUCGUUCUCAGCACUGAAGCCAACGCCAAAAUACAGAGCAUUGAUCCAACUGAAGCUUUGGCAAUUCCAGGAGUCUUGAAGUUUAUUGCAGCUAAAGACAUUCCUGGAAGCAACAAUAUUUCCCCACCCCCACUCCAGACUGAGGAGGUCUUGGCUAGUGACAGAGUAGAGUAUUAUGAUCAGGCAAUAGGAAUCCUUGUUGCAGAGAGCCAGACUAUUGUUGAUUCUGCUGUCAGUAAGGUCAAGGUCACCUACACAGAUGUCCAGCCUCCCAUCUUAACUAUGGAGGAUGCUAUUGACAAGCAGUCGAUUUUUCCCAAGGUGGCUGAUGAAAUUAAAGUAGGAGACGCUGAAGGUGCUAUUGCGAAGUCAGCCGUCAAAGUGACGGGAAGAAUUAAGUGUGGGACACAGUAUCACAUGGCUAUGGAGACUCAGAUAACCAUCUGUAACCCUACAGAGGACGGAUUUGAUGUGUAUUCCUCCACUCAGUGGGUGGACGUGUGCCAGAAAAGUAUCGCCAUGGUGUUAGGGAUCCCAGACAGUAGCAUCAGUGUAAGUGUUCGUAGAUUGGGAGGUGCUUAUGGAAGCAAGAUUUCCCGUAAUUUUAUUGUGGCCGCUGGAUGUGCCCUUGCUUCUAAUGCUCUUAAAAGACCUGUUCGCCUCUGUCUGGACUUCCAUGUUAACAUGAAGAUGGUGGGUAAAAGGUUUCCUUGGAUGGCUGAUUACACGAUUGGACUGUCAUCUGAUGGCAUGUUAGAGGGUAUUAAAUUAACAUAUUACACAGACUGCGGAAUAAAUUCAGUAGAGAAUGGCUUAGCAGGAGUGGCCAUAGGCAUGGACAAUGCCUACUAUUGUCCAAAUUGGCAUGUGAUACCAGUGGCUUUGAAGACCAACACGGCCACAAACACAGCAUGUAGAUCCCCAGGCUCUUGUCCCACAAUAUUCAUCAUGGAAUCCAUCAUGGAGCAUUGUGCAAAGAUGCUGGGUAAAGAUCCAACUGAUUUCAGGAUACAAAAUCUGUACCAGAAAGGACAGGUCACUCCAGCAAAAAUGCCGCUCACUUACUGUAACAUCAGAGAGUUGACCAAUCAACUCAAAAAUGCCGCUCAAUUAACAUUUCAACUGCUGUCACUUGUCUCAAGUUUUAACCAGGCUAAUCGAUGGAAGAAGAAGGGUUUGUCGGUGGUGCCUAUGAAGUUUGGUAUAGACUGGACAGGAGCUAACUACACGGCCCUAGUGGCUAUCCAUGGAUAUGAUGGCAGUGUGUCUAUCUCUCACGGAGGAAUAGAGUCUGGGCAGGGCAUCAAUACCAAGGUGAUACAGGUGUGUGCUGCUACCUUGGGUAUCCCGAUGGAUAUCAUUCGAGUUAAACCCACAGAUUCCCUGAGUACAGCCAACAGUGUUACAACGGGUGGCAGUAUCACCAGUGAACUCUGUUGUAACGCUGUUUUGCAAUGCUGUGAUGCUUUGAACAAGAGAAUAGCACUAGUGAAACAGAAAAUGGCUGGCAAGGCCUGGAAGGAUAUUAUAUUCCAAUGCUUUAGUGAAAACAUUGAUUUGUCAGAAAGAUACUGGGAGGCUCCAAACAGUCCCAAUGUUUUCCAGUACAAUUCCUAUGGAGCGACCUUGACAGAGGUCACUCUGGAUGUCCUCACCGGUCAGCACAUCAUCGACAGAGUAGACAUGUUGUUUGAUUGUGGAGACAGUAUGAACCCUGAGAUAGACAUAGGGCAGUGUGAGGGGGCCUUUGUUAUGGGUCUGGGGUACUUCCUCUUGGAGGAAAUCAAGUACGACCAGAAAACAGGACAACAGCUCACUGAUGGCACAUGGGAAUACAAGGUUCCACUGGCAAAAGAUAUCCCAGUUGAUUUCCGUAUAAACCUGCUGAAGAACGCCCCCAAUCCUUUGGGAAUUCUCCGAGCUAAAGCCUGUGGUGAACCCCCGUUGUGUAUGAGCUGCUCUGCCCUAUUUGCCAUUAAGCACGCUGUGGAGGCCUUCAGAAGGGAUAUUGAAAAAGACACUUACUUUGCUCUGGAUGCUCCAGCAACAGUUGAGAAAGUCCAUCAAGCCUGUAUGAUUGAUGCUUCACAGUUUAUAAUCCAGUAGUUUACUAGCUGAAGAGAAGUAACAUUUGUGAUAACACAUGUAUGAAAUACAUGUAUAAGUAAUGAUCAUUAGCCAGUGCUUUCAACCUUUGUAAAGAUUUUAUUUUCUAUAAACAUUUAUAUACAUUUCAAUUUAGCAUAUGUACAUGCAUUAUAACAUGAAUUUAUUGUAUAUAAAGAAAUUUUUGCCCCAUUGCCCUACUUACAGGUGGGCAGAUUUAAAAUGGGAUGAAUUCACACUGAAUAAUUUCUUUAUCAGAAUUGUGUCUGGGCAAAUUUAGAAUUGGUUGAAAUUCUUUGCAAGUGAAAAAGGGCAAAAAUAAUCCAGUACACUGCAUGUUUUUUGAACAAUGUCUUUUUUAAAAACAUAUUUUGUAAGAAUAUGUUCAUUAAUCAAUCUUAUUUUUAUUCAUUGAUUCCCCAUGUUUGAUUGGAUGAGAACAAAUUCAAGAAUAAGUUUACACUUCAAUAAAUUUUUCAAUCAGAAUUUCUUUCUUGACCUAGCUUUUACAGCUACUGUAAAAAAAAAGAGACAAACAGUUACAUGUACUUCUAGUCUGUUUAAGCGUAAUUUAGAUUACAGAAACUUGAAAUUUUGAAUAAAACAAAACAGGGACAAACAUUUUAAUUAGUUUAAUUUUAAAAAUCUAUUCCCGACAUUCCUACUAGGCCUAUGCAAAUCAGCUCAGUUCUCCAUGGCGUUAUGAUAGGAAAAAGAAACGUACCUCAGACUCUUGCUUAUUAUUAGCAUCAAUUCAUAUUUUGACAUCCAAAACUCUGUCUCAUCUUUGAACGAACCAGAGCAAAUCAAGCCUUUUUACUCACAAACUUUAUAUAUAAAAUUUUUUACUUACUUUAUGAGUAAAAUGGCAUGAGUUUACACAUCAAUAAAUUCGAAAAAAGAAUAUUUAAUCCUAUAUUGCAAACUUGAAUAUGAAAUAACAGUAAAACAUGUACAUGUAUAUAACAAAGUGCCAAGGAUGGGCAAUUUUGCUUCUUUAUAAAUGUAAUGUGUGAUAUAUCUGCUAGCUUUAUAGUGUGUUUAAGACCUGCUGGGAAUGAAAAUCACUUCGCUCUGAAUUCAUUAUAGUUGUGUUUUACUGAAGUAUGAAUUCAUGAGUCAAGUGCAGAAUAGUAUUUAUACAGAAAGAACUAGUGUCAUUAUGUCUGUUAAUCUCUACAUGAUUUAGUUGUUUUCAUUAUUAUUUUUGUGUGUUUAAAUUCAUUCAGUUCUUUGUACCUGAAUCAAUGGAAAUAAAAUAUUUGUUUGACAUACUGUAAGGGAUGGAAUUAUAGCAAAAAAAGUGAUUUUUAUAGCAUUUGUAAUAUGCAAUCUGUUCAUUUGGUAACUGUCAUGCAUUAAUUAGUGAUUUGAAUGUUAACUUGAUCCGUGAAAUAUUGAAUGCUUUUAAAAAGCGAAUCUUUAAAAUUUGAACUGUGAUACUAGUAUUAGAAAUAUAAUCUUUGAAUAUUUAUUUACAAAUAAAGUAUAUAUAAACAUGUGA